CGGAAAAAGAAGCUUCGUACAGUCUCUGGGUACAUGUGAAUGUUGCGGUUCAUAGAUGUCAACUGUAGGCUGCAAUAAAGUUACUAUGGUUGGAAGCCCGUUUGCUUGGUAAAUGCUUGCUUUUGCCUUCAAUCGCUCACUUUAAAUACAGCACUUGAGGGGAGAUGGCUGCGGUCUGCUUUAAUAAGAGCCUUUCAUGCGCAGCCAGGCAGCUGCUGAAUGCGACACCGUUCAGGACAAUCAAAACACACUUUAGAGGAUCAGUAUGCAGAUGUUUAGCCAUUCACAGGACUGUUAACGGCACAAUAGCACACUCUAAACGAGCCUUUCAGACAUCCCGCUCCGCGAUGCUCACUAAAAUACUGUCCGUGGAGGAGGUCUUCAACAAGAAGUCUUUGCACGACUACCUGAAGAAGAAGGAAACGGAGUAUAACGCGUGCUUGCAGUCCCUCAGUGCUGAAAACCAAACGCUGGACGACGAGGACGUGAAAAUGAAAAGGACUAACCUCUCUGCGCUCGGGCCUUUGGUCCAGAAUAUCAGAGAGUUAGAGGAGAAACAGAGGGAGCUGGAGGACACGAGGGACUUGUUGAAAGAUAACGACCCAGAAUUACACGAGCUUGCGGAGUCGGAGAAGGAAGCCUGUCUGGCAGACAUUCAGGAGCUCAAACAAAAGAUUUUAUCUCUUCUGAUCCCAGAGGAGGAAUCAGACCUGAGUGAUCUGGUCCUAGAGGUCACCGCUGGGGUCGGAGGUCAAGAAGCCAUGCUCUUCACCGCAGAGAUCUUCGAUAUGUAUCAGAACUUCGCUGCUUUCCAUGGCUGGAGCUUCGGCUUCCUGGAGGUGGCGUCCAGCGAGCUAGGGGGCGUCCGACGUGCAGCAGCCAGCAUCAGUGGUCCGCUCAGCUAUAAAAAGUUAAAGUUCGAAGCUGGGGUCCAUCGUGUCCAGAGGGUCCCGAAAACAGAGAGCAAAGGUCGCGUGCACACCAGCACCAUGACGGUGGCCGUCCUUCCCCAGCCCACCGAGGUACACAAAACUACACAAGUGAAUGGUAUUAUUAAUCGAAUGAAAUCGCAUUGCACUUUCUUUUUAACCGCACAGAUCUCAUUUACCAUCAACCCUAAAGAUCUGAGGAUCGAGACGAAGAGGGCCAGCGGUGCGGGAGGACAGCACGUGAACACCACCGACAGCGCCGUGAGGAUCAUGCAUCUCCCCACAGGCACAGUGGCUGAAUGUCAGCAGGAACGCUCCCAGAUCAAGAACAAAGAGACAGCCAUGACGUUACUGCGAGCCAAACUUUACAGCGCCCAGCUGGAGGAGGAGACCAGUAAGAGAUACCAGGCUCGAAAACUACAGAUCGGCACCAAAGGCAGAUCAGAGAAGAUCAGGACUUAUAACUUCUCUCAGGACCGGAUCACGGAUCACAGGAUUGGAAAAACCAUUCACGACGUGCAUGGAUUUUUACAAGGAGAGGAACUGCUGGAAGAGAUGAUCGUGUUUUUGCAACAGUUUUCCGAACAGGAAUCGCUUAUGGACCUCCUUGAAGACGAUGAUCAGAAUCAGUAGUUGUUUGCUGGAAAUAAAGAGAUGUGUAAAAGUUUGGCUUUGUGGGUGUGAGACUGAAGCACGGGCGUCUGAGUAAAAAAAAAAAGAGCGUAGUGUGUCUCACUAUCCCUCUGAAGAGUUUCUCAAACACUCUUUGCUUUCUCUUGAGCUUUUGCACAGUGGUGUGAAAUGCUUUGGGGGCUGUUUGUUUUGUUUUCAGCGGCUGGUUUCCAACAGUGUAAGAAACGCUGUUUAAAUUUUAUUUUUAUUUUCUUUAGCAAGUCAGAAAAGUGCUAUUUCUAGCUCAUAAGUGAUUCAUAUUUUGGAAUCGAAUGUAACGCGAAUGUCCAAAUAAAUAAAUAUUUAUGACUUCUUCGGACCUGAAAA